AUGCUAGGUCCAUUACAAGUCGUUGGUACUUCAGAGGGGGCUGAUUUGUGGCGUUUCCUGAACUGGAAAGAGGGCCCAUCAGAUGAUUUAGAUGACAGAAGAAAAAGAUGGUUAAUAGUUGGUAUCUGUCUCCAUACAAUCAUAUCUCGAGUACUGAGGACAUAUGUUGUGAAUGUUGUUACAAAACUUUGUUAUUCACUAACAUGUCGGAACAAAAUUCAUAAGCAAACAUAUGGAAGUCAUCUGGAGAGAUAUGCUCCUACUAAAACACAACUUAAUUACCAAGCUAUUAACAACAACAAAACUAAAAGGAAUAAAGCACAGUAUGAUUACCGUGUCAAGACUCCCGUGGAUUUAUCCCGAUUGUUCCUUCAGACAUACAUGGCACACUUCACAGCAUUUGAUGACUCAUGUGAUUCAUCUGCUCUACUUGGUAUCAUUGUUAACAUUGACAGAUUCCCACCAGGUGUACAGGCUGAUGCUAGAAAGAUACGAUCAGACAUACGAAACCCUUGGGCACAUUGUGACUUUACAGAAUGGACUGCUAUAAAAUAUACAGAUUACUUCCAGUUGAUGGGACAACUUAUUAGAAACCUCAAGCUGAGUAACAGAGAGGAAAACAAAAUCUUAGGAGAGCUUAACAGAUGGGAAACUAAUGGUCUAAACUUCCUGAGUGGAACAACACUUGGUUUAGAGGUAGUGGGGGAGAUUCGUCAACAGACACAUGUUCUUAGUAGAUAUGUACAGACUUUGUGUACAGAAACAGACAGUCAGUUUAUCAGAGUGCAAAAAGAAUUAUCAAACUUAGUAAACAGUUUAGAGGAACAUGAGGAAAGAUUAAAGAGUUUAGAAAGUAUAGCAAAGGAGAAUAAGGAAACAAUAAGUGAGUGA